AUGGCAACCAAGCUCGUUGUCGACAUCCACACUCAUGUCUACCCACCGUCGUACAUGGCGAUGCUUCGCGCACGCAAAACAGUCCCCUACGUCCACGAUCCAGCCGAAGGUGAACCCCGUCUAAUCAUCCUAUCAUCAGAUGAUGACCCAGCCACUCCCCUCGAUCAACGAGGCCGUCCAGUCGACACCUCCUACUCAGAUAUAAACGUCAAGCUAGCUUUUAUGGAGAAGCACGGCAUCCACUGCAGCGUGAUCUCACUCGCAAAUCCCUGGCUAGAUUUCGUCCCUAGUCCUGAAGCACAGGAAUGGGCCGAGCGAAUCAACAAUGAUCUCGACUCGACCUGUGCACAGGUGAACCAGACCUCUGACCCAGAAGGAACUAAGUCUGCAACGGAGAAACAAACUCUCUUCGCAUUCGGUGCUCUGCCACUAAGUGCGCCACCCAGUGUCGUCGUUAACGAGAUCAAAAGGCUAAGCACCCUGCCCAACAUCCGGGGUGUGAUCAUGGGCACAUCAGGAUUGGGCAAGGGACUCGAUGAUCCCGCAUUGGAUCCCAUUUGGAAAGCGUUGGAAGAAACACAAUUGCUCCUUUUCCUGCACCCGCACUACGGUCUACCAGAUGAGGCGUUUGGGGGUCCUGAGGCCAUUACUCGUUACGGACAUGUUCUCCCGCUUGCGCUGGGCUUUCCACUGGAGACUACUAUUGCCGUGACGCGGAUGUUGCUGAGUGGGGUGUUUGAUCGGUUCCCGCAGCUGAGGGUGCUGCUCGCUCAUUCUGGUGGGACUCUUCCGUUCCUGGCGGGUAGGAUUGAAAGCUGCAUCAUGCAUGAGCGGAAGUUUGUUGUUAAUGGCGGUGAUGAGCCGGGGCCGCAGCGUAGUAUCUGGGAUGUUUUGCAAACAAAUAUAUAUCUUGAUGCGGUUAUCUACGGCUCUGCGGGUUUGCAGGCGGCUGUUGCGGCUGGAAGUCAUGAUCGUCUUAUGUUUGGUACCGAUCAUCCGUUUUUCCCACCUCUGCAGGAUGAAGAUGAGAAGUGGCCUAGCGUUACUACGAACUAUAAGGCUAUUCGGAGCUGCUUUGGGGAUGAGCAGGCAGAUUCAAUUGGCAUGGUUCUAGGGAGUAACGCAAAUCGUGUUCUGAAGCUGGGACUUGAGUAA